CUUUCCCCAGCAGGAUGAGCUGCCUGUAAACCACACCAGGUCUAUUAAUUAAUUAAUGUUCCCUAACAGCAGUGUUGGCUCCCUCCAUUGUAGUGGAGCAGUUUUGAGCUGCAUGUAGUAGUGAGUGCAGUGUUUUGGGAGAAGGGCAAAAGAUAGAGGAUAAAAGCCGCAGACAAAUGUGGAUGGGAGGAAAACGUUAGCAUCAUAGUGACCAUUAAUCACCCAGGGCCAUUGUGGUCCUGUCCUGUAUACGGUGCCAGUGCAGGCAGGCAGGCAGAGAGAAAGAAGAAGAGAGGAGGAGGCAGAGAGGUGGCUGCAGGGAGAAAGAGGGGGAGAGUAUGGCUGGGGAUCAGCCUGUAUGUCCAGCUCAGCUCCUACUGCUGGGCUGGGGAGCAGUCCUCUUGUCUCAGUGCUUGUCCUCGGUGUUCUCCCAGAUCCCGGAUCCUGAGCUUUUACCCACAGAUCCCCCACCGAAGCCGGACCCCCUUACCUCAGAGACUGUUGUUUUCUGGGGGCUACGAUUAUGGCAGGUCAUGGCCAUCUUUGCGGUGUUUGGUUUAGCGGUUGUUAUCACUCUAUGUUGUAUAUUCAAAUGUCGAAUCCCGAGAACCAGAAAGGAAAUAGAGGCACGGAGCCAGCAAAGACAGGCCGCCAAGAAAUACGCCAACACAUUAGAGACAGUGCCACCUCUGAACGAGCUGACUGAAAUCCCUGGAUCUGCAAAACCAGAAGAAAAAACGGAGGAGGUGACAACAGUCUCGGGGAAAGUGGACGGUGAGAAAGCAGAGAAGAAGAGCAAAGAGAAGAAAGAGGGCAAGAAGGGUGCCAAAGAAGAAAAGGAAGAUGAAAAAGAAGCACCACCAAAGAAGAAGGGUGAAAAAGGUGAAAAAGGUGAAAAGGGUGACAAGGCAUCCAAGAAAGAAGGUGGUGAAGGAAAAGGCAAGAAAUCUGGAGAGAAAGGAGACAAAGGGGAAAAGGGGGAAAAAGGGGAAAAAGGAGGCAAAGGAGGGGCUAAAGGGGGAGCCAAAAAGAAGUGAACUCUGCCCUCCAUGGACAAACACUGUCAAAGAUCAUUUAAUAUUUUUCACUGCAAAGAUUUUUUUUAAAUGAAAUGUAUCAUAAAAUAAACAAAAAAUACAUCAAUAAAUGAGCUGUCUGUCUACUUCAGAAUCAUGAACGUAGCAAGAACAUCAGAGUACAGUAAAAUCAUACAUUUAUUGUCUUAUUCACAAUUCACUGAUGAACAUUAGAGACCAGAAAACAUCAUCCUAUUUAUUCCAAGUUUACACUGAUAUCUACAACGUGCCUACAUCACUACAGGGUGAUGAGAAGGUGAGAUGGGUCUUUAGCAAACACUGCCUACAUACUAUAUCUAAAGCAUGAAGACCAAUGUCGACUCCACUGAGUACAUUUCGGCACGAGAUAAAUAAAAAACAAUGAAACACAUUUUAUACUUCCAUGAGAGGUAUUUGAAAACAAUGAAAUACAACAUUAGCUCUAUGAUUAUUGGGCGUACUGUACACUUGAUUCCAAAACACAAUCAUCUUACAUGAUACAAUCAGAACAAAAUACUGUAUUAUAGCGUAUUAAAGUGCUCAAAUAUAAUUUUCCAAGUAUUUUUUUUUUUAUUUUUAUAAAAGAUUUUCAUGCUGUGAUACCAACCGCCUUAAUAAUGUCUGGAUUACACAACAGGAACAGCAUGUUUACUUGCCCAGUGGCAAUUAGUGGAAAGCCAGAUUGAAUAUGAAGAGCAACCACCUCAAAUACAUUUUUAAAUAUUGUACAAACUACAAGUGUACUCAUGAACAAAUUCAUAAUUAAGUCUUCAGAGAAUGGCAAGAAAUGCAAUAAAUACCAACUAAAAGAGUUCAAUCUGAAAAAUUAUUAAGAUACUGUAUUAUCAAGUGACAAAGGUUUCCCUCAAUGUGACCAACAGCCACCUGAAAUGAAUGCUGUAGUUAUUCCACUAAACCUCAAGUUGCAGUUAUGACUGAACGCCAUGGAAAUGUUCAAGUUUGGUCCAAUUUCAAUCCAUCUCAGAAGUGAAUGGUUCAAAAUGCACAGGUGUCUCAUAGGUGGAAGUUGUCUGGCUCAAAUAAGUAAUGUUAAAUAAUUAUUGCAAGGUUGAAGUUUUUUGCCAUGCCAAGACCAAAAACAUCAAUGUGUUAGUAAAUCUCUCAGUAAUUUCCAUCCUCCUCCUACCCUAAAACCAUUUUCUAAAUCUUUUAAACGUGAGAUACAGAUAUUUCAUUUCAUGUCUUAAAAAAAGGGUUAUCAUUUCUAAA